GUCAAGUAAAAGAAUAAAUAAGAAACAGUAAGAUUUAGAAAUGUAGUCACUAAAUUCCUUGACAAGACAGUCUGAGUGGAUUGGUGCAGACCAAAGUUUAACUCUCCAGUUAAAGAGCAGAUGGAGGAGAAAAUGUGAAGUAGAACAGUGACUAAGACAAGUUUUCAGGAUGUUUUGCUGUGAAGGGGAGCUAAGAAAUGGGGCAGUAGCCAGAAGGGCAUAUGGAGUCCAAGGAAGUUUUUAUGAGUUUGUUUUGGUUUUAAGGUGGAAGAUAAUAGUGCAAUUUGUGUGGAUGAUCAAGUAGAGAAGAUCAAAUAGAGAAUCAAAGUACAAAAAAAAGAAUCAAAUAGAAAGAGCUAAUGCAGGAGAGAAGGAAGCAAAUGCAAAAGCAUCUUAAAUGGAAUUCAGAUUUAUCCUUAAACCAGAGACUGAAACUGCCUUCACUGAGAACAUCAAACCUCUACCCCAUUUGAAAACAUAGCUAUGAUCCUGUUAGCAAAGAAGAAGGCUGGAUGGUGGCUUUUGGUUUCCAGCACCGCGGGCUGGGGUGGAGAAGCCAGAGCGCCGGGUCGCGAGAAGAAAGGAGAGACUGGCAGGUUUCCUCCCUUGCCCACCGCGGAUAGGUCCAUGCUGGGCAGAAUCAAGGUGCAGGCAUUCGGCUUUGACCAGACGUUUCAGGCCUAUCGGAAGGAUGAUUUCGUUAUGGCUUUUUUCAAAGACCCAAAUGUUAUUCCCAAUUUGAAGUUACUUUCAGAUUCUUCUGGACAGUGGAUUACAUUAGGAACGGAAGUGAAAAAAAUUGAAGCUAUCAACGUUCCUUGCACACAGCUUUCAAUGUCAUUUUUUAAUCGGUUAUAUGAUGAAGAUAUUGUACGAGACAAUGGCCAUAUUGUUAAAUGUUUAGAUUCUUUUUGUGAUCCCUUCCUUAUUUCCGAUGAGUUACGCAAAAGAGUUCACCGUCACUUCUGCAGGGAGAGCCUCAGUAAUGGACAUUUUAAAAGGAGGAUUUCCAUUUCAACAGAAUACUCUGCAAAACUGCCUGUUGCUUGCCUGUCUUAUUUAUUGCCAGGAAUAGCAUCUCUAUUUAGGAAGUGCUGGACUUGGUGUUUUUUGCUAGUUGCCUGUAUGCUCUUCCCUUGUGUUCCUUGCUACUCCGUGGCAACAGGGAGGGCUUUAACUUGGUUUGCUCUUUGGCUGAAAAAAAUAUAAAUAACUUCUAGCUUUAGCCUGUACUAAAAAGGGCCCUCCUGUUGUGUAGCAACACAGAUUCUGUUGGCACACUGUGUAAUGGAAGUACUGAUAAUAACCUCCUUCCUGACUGCGGCUCAGAAGUUGGACUCAUUAACUCUUGCGUAUCUACUCUCUGAGAGCUACACAACUAAAUGGAUUUGUAUGUGAAUAUAGAGAAAGAUCAGACAUAAAAUGUUAUUGUGUUAACAUUAACUCCAAAUUUUUUAUUGUAAUUUUUUAAUUGCACAGCCUAAUCAAUUUAAUAUAUAUGAGUCCUGCAAAAGGAAUGUAUAAACUGUUCAUCUGUAAGGACUUUUGUCACCCUUGUAUUAAGCCAGAUCUUUAAGUAACUGCAAACUUGAGCUUCAAUAUCACGUCAUUUCCUUGGAGAGAGAGAGGGAAGAGGGAGGGGAAAUGUGUAAGCACACAGAGAGCAAUAAACUGUGGACUACUUCCCCUUACCUAUCUUUUAUUAUAUAUAACUUCAGCUUUCAUCAGGUCAUUAUAAGUAAACUAUAUUUAGACAACACUAUAGAGUUUAUUAUUAUUAUUUUGUGGCCACACCUGCAGCAUAUGGAAGUUCCCAUAUGCACAGAGGUUGAACAGAGCUACAGCUGAGGCCUACGCCACAACUAU